AGCAGCAACAACAACAGCAAAUUGUGAUAAAUUUAUUAAGGAAAAAGCAAGAAAAACAAACAUUUUUUUUAUUUGUUAAAAGAACAAAACGUUUCAAGUGAUAGAAAAGCUAAGCAGAAGAAAUUCCGUCGGCGAAACACAUCCACCAACAGAGGAAAUUUUUGGAGAAGAGGCGAACGAUUUUGAUACGAUUUUUCAACCGAUUCGAUUCGAUUCGAUUCGAUUUCCUUCGAAAAACCACACACACCAUACACACUCGACCCCAAAUGAAAAUGGAGGUUAUUCCCGUUCAAUCCAUCUACGGCGGUGUGCUGGGCUCAAACAAAACUAGAGAUUGGACCAGCACCCUGACACCGCCCGCGUCCGCCAGUGUGGCCAUUGACGCUGCCGUGAACGCUGCCCCGCUCAAGACCAAGGGCUCCUCCGCCCGCGGCGGCGAUGCCCCCAACUACAGUAUUAAGCACAAGCAGGCGCCCACCAGCCAUGCCCACAACUACAGCAAGAAGACGAAGCCCAGCAGUGGCGGCUACUACUACGCCGGCGAAGUGCAGGCCGAGGAAGAGGAGGAGCAGGUGGCCCCCGCCGACCUGGACAUGCGUGAAGUGUCGCAUCUGUCGCUGCGGUUCCUGGACGAGCUGCGGGCGGCCAAGUCUCGCCACCUCACCUGCACGGAGGUGUCGCUGCCCUGCGACCUCGUGCCCAGCAUUGCGGCCGACAUUGUCAGAGUGUCGGAGAAGGAGCCUUGCGGCACCCGCGGCUGCACCAUCUACAUCGAGUUCGAGGACGAGCCGAAAAACUCGCGCCGCAUCGCCUCCCUCAAGCUGGACCCCGAGACGGUCUCAACCUUCGAGGUGUACGUGACGCUGCGCCAGGACCACCGCGGCUGGGCCUCGCUGCUCCCGCAGUUCAUGAAGAGCCUGGCACGCACGAUCACGAUCAGCCCCGAGUACACGAUCACCAAGAACAAGCUGUACUCGGCCGAGGGGCCGGGGGCCAGGCGCAGCUACAGCUUCGGCAGCAGCCAAAGCCGAGCCAUCGCCACGCCAACUGUGUAGGAGAGAAAGGGUGAGAGAAAGCGCCCAACACCCCUGUGAUGUCAAGAGAGAGAGAGAGAGAUAGAAAACGAGAGGAGUAGUUUGUUGCGAUCGGCAACGCGACGACGAAGCAAGUAUUCGAAGCCACCCCACCUACACACACACACACACACACACACCCCCCAAACACCCACAAACACAUACACACACUCAUACUAAUACUAGAGCGAGAGCAGGAGAGAGCCUCUCUCUGCGACUCAAUUUGUAAUUGUGACUCUCACCACCAUUUACUUAGAUGCGUAGUGCUAUAAUAACUAGACUUUUAAGUUGUUUCUCCUUUUUCACCAACGAAGAAAGAAAAGAAAACAAAAAGAAAAGCAAAGCAAAGCAAAAGCAGAUGCAAAUGCAAAAGCAGAAGCAAAAGCGAAACGAGAAGAAAACCCAACAUGAAAUUCAAAGAUGGCAGCCUCACCCCCCAGGGGGCGGGCCCGUCGACAACUCAUGAAUAUGUGAUACUGUUUAAGAUGCUAAGAGCUCCCCAGCCAGGGCCAGGGCCCUUCCAGGCUCCUGGCCCGGGGACGUUGAUAAUACACACCUACACACCCACGAACCACACCACACACCACACCACACCACACCACAACACACACAUACAACACACUUACACACCCAUACAGAACAGAUUUUUGAAGAUUGUAUGCUAUAUAGACCGUACGAUUGUAAUAAACCACAAAAAAACAUACACAACACACAAAAACCAACAAACAAACAAAAACUUGAUCUUGCUAAAUUUAAAAUUUAACUUUAAAAAUGCUGAGCAAUCAGUGGAGGAUUUUAGAGAGGAGGAGUUUUAGUUAGACGCAGCUUGCUGCAAUAAAAUUUUUAAAUUAUUAAUUAAUCUUAAUUAAAACCAACAAAUUUUAGGAUUUUAACAAAUUUUUACAUAUAUUAUUAAAUGUAUAGCGCGUACCCCCAUCAAAAACAAAAACGAAAAAAAAAACAAAAAGGUAAACCCACACAAAAAAAAAAAAACAAAAAUCAUCUAAAAUAAAAUGUAGCGUGUAACAAAUGUAAGGCAAAAAAUAUCUCAGUAAAUGUGAAAGCGUAAAAAAUUUGUAAAAUUUUUUGUCUGUGUAAAAACUCCAAUUGCGAUAUAAAAAAAAGAAGGAAAACCAUAAAUGUAGCAGCGAAAGAUAAAGGAAAAAUUCGAAAAGUUAAAUGUAAAACUAAAUGCGAUAUAAUUUUAAAAAAUUACAAAACGAUAACUUAAUGUUCUCACAGAUACACGACCCAAACACACACACACACACAUACACCGAUACACAUCCAAAAACACUCACACACGAAAGUAUCUAUUACCCGCAAAAAGUAUCUAUCAAAGCGAAAAAAAACUAUUUAUUACCGAAAGAUGGAAAGAGAGAGACAGAAAGAGAGAGAGAGAGAAGCCCGCAAAAUACGAAAAUACAUGUAUUAAUUUUUUUUUAUCAUUAAAAAGCAUAAAAGCAAAAACAAAACGUAUAUUGUAUCUAAUGUUAAGUUUUUUUUUUAUUGCAUAAAGCAACAAAUAAUUGUGAGAAAUUUGUAACCAAAACAAAAAACCAACAAAAAACAAAAAACCAACAAAACGCAAAAACAUUUUGUGCAAAAAAAAUCAACAUUCAACACGUACAGAGAGAAAAACAAAGGCAAAAAACAAAAAAAAUUACAAAAAAUAAAGCAUAUAAUUUUUCCUGCGCUAGCGGAAAAUAAUUGUGGAAAAAAUUAAAA